AUGCCAGAAGGCACAGUGCACGAGCACAACCAGGCAAAUCCUCAAGAAACCCUGCGGGAGAAUGAUCUUAUCCUCAAAAUCAAUGGAGAGGAUGCAGAUAUCAGGAUUCUCGAGACUGCAGAAGAUGGUACAGAGCUCGAGGUAACGGUACUUCGCAUGCCGCGGUCUGUGGCGCCUCCUCCGUAUGCUUUUGGCAUGAAGCCCGCCUGCAUGUGA